AUGGAACAAGAAGCAGCAGGUUCCAAGUCAAUUGCGGCGAGUACGAAAUGGUGCAGGAGCCAUUAUGUGGCUGUCACCCGCGAAAUGGGGAAUAUCUGGGACGGCGGCCACGAGUUGGCACCAAUUCAACUGCAGCGCACGCGAGUUGGAACACUUCUGGUGUACUGGCCACAAAAUGCGAUCGUGGUGUGCCUAUAUAAACGCUACAUCGUUGCAAGAUCUGAAGAAUCUGAUUCUGGUUCAUACCGGAAUGGUUGGGAAAAAGAAAUCACGAAGCUGACUUACAGGAUGCCGGUUGUAGUGGCCAACUCGUUUGCGUAUCAAAAAAUGCAGAUAAAAUCUGAUCAGCAAGUGUCGAUGAUGUUCUCUUAUCAUCACAGCAUAGGUACAAUAUAUUCGUUGGAGCUUUGUCUGAAUAUUCAGGAUAUUGGCGGAAGCUCGUCCAGUUCCAAUAAUGUGGAUGGUAAUGCAAAUUUUCGGGAAGCGCGCCCCUCCCCUUCAACGUUACUUGGGUUCGAUAGGCAUCCCGAUGUUGGCAUUGCUGAAACUUCUAACGAGGAUGACAUUGAAGAAUUCAGUGGUGAUGAGGCAGAAGCCGUUCUGGAAACGCAACCUCUGCAUGGCGACAAUGUUCCUCCAACACCUGUCGAACCGGUAGGUGGAAGUGUAUCCUCCAGCACACCUGCACACUACCUGUCCCUAAAUCUUGGAGCAAUGCAUUCGAGUAACGCAGAGGACAGACCUAGCAGCUACGCUCUGUCAGGCGAGAUGGAGCUCGAGAUUGGGUUAAAGUUUCUGAACCGGAAAAUAGCGAUGCUGGCAGUCAAAAACUACAACAUCAAUAGGAGUGCAGAGUAUAAGGUCGUAGAGUCAGACCAAAGGAGGUAUGUAUGUCGAUGCAAGCAGUUCGGUGAUCGAUGUCGUUGGAUGGUACGGGUUGCGAAGACAACGUCUUCCCGAUUUUGGGAAAUUCAAAAAUACGAAGGGCCUCAUAGUUGCCUGGCAAGUUCGAUGUCUCAAGACCAUGCUCAACUAGAUAGCAAUGUGAUCUGCCAGCACAUAUUCCCCAUGGUGCAUGCUGAUGCGACUAUUUGUGUAAAGGUGUUGCAAGGAUCGGUAGAGUCAGCGUACGGGUACAAGGUGUCUUACAAGAAGGUUUGGCACGCGAAGCAGAAGGCAAUCGCAAGGAUCUAUGGUGAUUUGGACGAGUCGUAUGACCAGCUGCGCAGAUACUUCAAUGCGCUGCAAGCUUUUGUCCCAGGGACAAUUGUUGACCUCCAAACGGUUCUGUACUAUGUCGGAAACACCCUUGACCGUGAUAGUGUCAUGUUUCACCAGGUUUUCUGGUCGUUCCCUUCAUGUGUUCAAGCGUUUAGGCAUUGCAAGCCGCUGGUCUCAGUAGACGGAACACACCUGUACGGGAAGUACGCUGGCACCCUUCUCAUGGCCAUAGCACAGGACGGAAACAACAACAUUAUGUCCGUCGCUUUCGCCCUCGUCGAAAGAGAGAACACAGAUUCAUAG